UAAGACUAACGCGUGACAGUGAUGCAGCGGUUUGAAACCAAGCGUUCCGUGUCACUGUGCUUCUUUUAUGAAAGGUCAACAUUGUUGUUGGGAGAGUGAGUGAAACGUCAUUUUUAAACAUUCCGAGUCUUUUUACUCACAAGACAGCAAGGAGAAGAAGUUUGCUCAUAGACGCUGAGGUAAUACUGACUACAACAGAGCCAACAGGCUAACAACGCCGCUGUUCUCUGGAGUGUUUCGCUCUCUCAGGUACUCAGGGGAAUGGAGAAAGCUAAACAAGAGGCCUUCGACAAUGCCAGACUUCAAGUGAUUACAGAUGGCUUCAAGGAAGCGUUUGCGUGCAUCAACAAAGGACUGUCAGCAGACGAAGCUGGAGAAAAGGCUAUGGCCCUGGAGCUGUACAAGCGAGGGCGCCAGCACCUUGUCAGGGCCAUCAGUGUCCCCUCACAGGGAGAGGAGUGUGUGGGCAGCUCCUGGGAGUCAGCCAGGCAGAUGCAGCAGAAGAUGCAGGAGACACUGAACAACAUCACCACUCGCCUGGCCAUACUAGAGACCAGCUCUGAUCUCGAAUCUGCACCUGUGGUGACCACUACCACUGUGUCUGCACCUACUGCUACAGGAAUGUCUGCAGGAUGUAUUUACCCACAACUCCCCACCAUAGAGAAGCCAGAGAGGCCAUCAGCACCAAACAUCCUCUCUGAUAAUGGUCAGGCAGCAGGAGCUGUUGGAGGUGUUGGCCUUCCUCUUUCACCCAGCAUACAGCCUGCUGAUCCAGGUGAACAGCCUCCAGCCUACUCUCCUCAGGCGGCUAAUGGUCACCUAUCAAUUUCAUAUGGCACCGAUGAAGGGGAGAUGUCACUGGUUGGGGACGAAUUUUACAGUCGCACCUCAAACUCAACACCAUCUCCCCAGAGUAUGGGCGAGGAGGGAGAGGAGCUGCUGUACAUCCCUCAUGGUGUGCAGAUAUUCUUUGUCACACCCGAAGGCCACGUGAGCGCCCCGUCUUACCCUGGUUACCUUCGGCUGGUGAAGUUUACCACUGGUCACUCUGAGAGGACGCCCAACCGACCACCAGCAUUUCUGCAGGUGUGUGAUUGGCUCUACCCCCUCAUGGCCAUGAACUCUCCUGCGCUGCUGUGUAACACUGGCGUGUUUAUGUUCCCGGACAUGAUGGCGCCAUCUCCUGGCUAUUACGUGGGAGUGGUGCUGUCGUCCGAGCUGCCGCCUGCGAACAGAGAAACAUUCCGGGACCUGCUGUCACAGAUGACAGAUCUCAGGGUUCAGGUUCCAGAUGAAGCAGCAGACUCCAUUAAUCUCAGUCAGACGGUGUCCAUCGCUGCACCAGUGGAGAGCGAGGAGACGGGACCAGCAGUGACCAAGGAGACGGGACCAGCCGUGACCAAGGAGACAGAGCCGGCUGCAGCUGCGGAGGACAAAGCUCUGCCUGAGUGGAGUGAAAAGGUGGCACAUGGCAUCCUGACAGGUGCUUCCUGGUUAAGCUGGGGUCUGGUGAAAGGAGCGGAGUACACCGGCAUUGCCAUUCACAAAGGUGCGUCAAAGCUCCGAGAACACAUCACUCCUGAGGACAAACCCACCCACGUCAACCCCACGGUCACCAAAGGACUCCACGUCGCCAAGCAAGCAACAGGGGGAGCUGUCAAAGUCAGCCAGCUCUUAGUGGACGGUGUGUGUGUCGUUGCCGGCUGUGUGGGUCGGGAGUUGGCUCCACAUGUGAAAAAACACGGAGGCAAGCUGAUCCCGGAGUCGAUGAAGAAAGAUAAGGAUGGGCGUUCCAACAUUGAUGGAGCUAUGGUGGUCGCUGCCAGUGGAGUACAAGGAUUGGCAACCAUGUGGACUGGUUUGGAAGUCGCAGCAAAGGACAUUGCCAAGAAUGUAGCGUCGGAGACGGUCACCACUGUAAAACACAAGUACGGCGCAGCCGCUGGACAAGCCACCGACCACGCCGUCAACUCUGCCCUCAACGUCGGCAUUACUGCCUUCAACAUCGACAACCUGGGCAUGAAAGCUGUGGCCAAACGGACGGGGAAGUCCACGGCACUGGCCAUUUUAGAGGACCACAGGCUUCAGGAGAAACCACAGAGCGGGAAGCAGGUGGAGAAACAGCUGAAGAAAUAGCCGC